AUGAAGGAGCUUUGUUCAGGCCCUGAUUAUCUUUGUGAACUUCUGUUCUCGAUCUUUUCUCACGAGCCGUUCGCUCAACGGCAUUCUGGAAAGGAAAAUUUAUUCGACGGGGAGAGAAGGGCAAGGGCGUUCCGCGAAUCUUCUCGGGUUUCAGAGAGUCUCGCCGUGAGGAAUGAUGGACCAGAUGCAUUUCUAGCGUCGGGAGACAAUGGGGUUUUGAGUCCCGGGGAGGAGUUCAUCCCGACGCGGAGCAAGAAGACGAGCAUGGUGGGGAAGCCGGCGUACAAUCCCCUCCAGUUCAUCCAGGUGGGGCCGGCCAAGCUCUACAAGUCGGCCCAGGAGCAGCUGGAGCAGGCGGAGAAGAUCAAGCAGAAGAGGACCGAGGUCCGGAAGGAGGAGGAGGAGGAUUGGCAGGCUAAUCUGGACAACUGGAAGAGCUGUCGGAGGAAGCGGGUGGAAGACGUCAUCGAGAGGGUGGUGGAAGUGAAGAAGCUGGAGGAAGAAUCCGAGUGGGCCAACGCCAAUCGCAAGAGCAAGACCUUCAGCGAGAUGAUGCAGGAGAGGAGGUGUCGUUUCGUGGAUUUGACCCGAUGCCGGCGUCGUGGCAGGAGUGCACGGGGCCGGAAGGUGGGCCUGAGUCUUUCAUUGUACACGGACGCGGACGACCGGGACCUGUCGGAUCUGGGUCUGAACAGCGAGAAGAGCGAGAAGAACGGGGAGGAGGAUCUCUCCGGAUCCUUCUCGUCGGGUCGGCACGGCAGCGACUGGACCGACGACGACGGCGAGGCGAAAAAGAGCGUCUGGGCGGACGACGUCGACCCGCGAGGCGAACCGCGAAGCGAAACGCGAAGCGACCCCGUCCAGAUCAGCUUCGGCUGCUACACCCGCUACUCCUCCCAGUCCAGCGACAGCAACGGCAGCGUGACCAGUGAAUCCUUCGCUUCCGUCGUGCAGAGAAGUGCAGACGUGUACUCGAGUGAUAGUUUGACCGCGAUCCGACGGAAGAGCGAGGGGGCGGUGCCGACGCGGCCCGACGCGGUCCGACACACGCGGAAGUCGGACCUUUCGGACAAGUUUCGAGACAGGCUGUCUGUGUUCGAGCAGUCGGCCGAGGCCGAGGCGACUCCCAAGCCUGCUCCGGCGAGAGGAAGCAAGGACUUCGGGAAGAAGCUCAACGCCUUCCAGGAGGUGGGGAAGAUGGCCUCGCCUUCGCGACCGCCGGAGAAGAAGGCCUCGGUCGACGUCACCCCCCGUGUCCCGGUGAAGGAAAAGGUGGCGUCGAUCGACAGACGAGACUCCCGCGAAGUCCCCCGUGCCCCGAGGGAGAAAGUGAACUUGUACGAGAAGAGUCAGAGCCAGAGUGACCUGAGUGGGAAGAGCCGAGGUCAGAGCGAGCCGGUCGAGGAGGCGCCCCCGAUCCGCCUCAGCCCGGCCAAGUCCCUGCCGCAGCUCAACCAGGAGGAGCCGGAUUCCGAGGAGGAGCGCGAAGCCGACGAAUUCGUGUUCGAGGCGCGCCUCGCGAAGGCGUCCUCGCAGACCUUCAGCAAAUCGGUGAUGGACCUGUCGCAGCGCGGCGCGGCGGAGGCGGUCGUGAUCCCCGUGCACAGCGUGUACCGGGCCCCGUCCACGCCCUUCCUCAACGUGGACCUCAAGCGACAGGAGGAGGUGGAGGAGGAGAUCGUCCCCACGCUGAAGAAGUCCCUCGCUCCCAGUGUGAGUUUCCUCGCCCUCGCCGGUCUGCAUGAAGGGACUCCCCCUCCCACUAACACAGAGUCUGCCGAGCUAGAGCAUAGUCAAGUGCCCCCAUCAAUGAUGGAGAAAGAUGAUGCUCAAGAGCUGGAGGCAAGUCCAAGUGACAGCCUUGAUGAUACGUUCUAUCACUCUGAGCUGACACCCCAUGAUGCAGAGGAGCUGCUGACUGGGAAGAAGAGAGAGCCACAGGCCCACAGCCCCAUUGGUGGGACCAACAGUGACUCUGGGGUAGAAAGCUCCGAAUUAUGCCCCGAAGAUAGACGAAUGUUAGAGCACGACGAUUUGUGCAUGGAAGAUGAAGAGAAGCAAAUGGAGAAUGAUGAGGAUGACAGCACUCCUCAACCUCUUGAACUUGAGCAGAGGAUCCUCAUGCAACUGGAGGCAUCUGACAAUUUUGGCAGCUCACAUCAUCAGAUAAGAGAGGAUGGUCCAGUCAGCAUUUUGGACUUUGAUCCAUUCGCACUGCCAGCAGCGAAGGAGCCUCCUAGGGAAAAACCACCCCCACCUCCUCCUGUGGAGGAGAUCCCUCUGUUAGAGACACGCAAGAAUUUUGAACCCAUUUUGCGUGAUUCAACAAAGAACCUGAAGAAAAGCCUGUGGAAGAGACGCUCUGACUUCCUUGGCCUAUCAGACUCCAUGGAACCUGAAGAGCCAGAGUUGCUAGUGAGCCCUCCGCCAGACAUGGACGAGUUGUUGAGGGCAGAGCGGGCCCUGGAAGAGCGCCAGAGGCAGCUUCUCUCCCGCUCCAUCUCCUCUCGAACUGAAGAGCAAUCGAACACCUCCUUCUCCAGUAUCUCCUCUCCAUCCCAAACGCUUCCGGAUGGCAUGGAUGACGACGAAGAGGAACUGAUACGGCAGGAACGUGAGAUCAUUGAGAGCCUGGAGAGGGAAGAGCGACUCAAGAAUAUUGGAAUCCAACUUCCAAAUCUGGAAGAAGAUGAGCGAAUCCGCCGAUUGGAGGAACAGAGGCAGGACAUGGAGGAAGAGCGGCAACGGAAGCUGGAGGAACGCUAUGCCGCCCAGUCUCCUUCAGAACAGACCCUGAACACAACUGAGUGCAUGCCUGAAGUGAUGAACGAGGUGCACGUACGGGAGACUGAUCGACUAACACGUCGGCCGAGGCCUGUGUCAUUUUCCUUUUCUACCUCUUCCUGCCCUCCUCCUUUCUCUUCGUCCUCCUCUUCGCCUCGAGUCAAAGUCCAAUAUGGAAAACCACUCUAUUCCAAAGUUACCUCUCCUGCCCAUGAUUCCCCAAAACCCAAAAAGUUCUCAGAGAGCAAGGAGCUGUAUCGGAAUCCUGCAUUCGCCAUGGAGGAACAAGAAACAGAAAUUGUAAGGCCAACACAGAACAAAGAAAUGUCAACUCAGAGUUACCAGUCACAGUCACAACCAUCACCCCCUCGUCAAAGGCCUAAAGAUGCCCCUCCUCCUCCUCCUCCAUCAUCAGAAGCAGAGCAGCGGCGCAUCACAGAGCACCAAGAGAAGAGCCUGCGGAGUAGCACUUCCACACCUGCCGUGAGCAGUCACCCAAAGGGUUAUCAGCACAUGAAUGGCGAUAGCUGGAGAAACCAAUCGCUCGGUCCUCCCCCCACUGAUUCUGCGAUGCCCAAGGUCACACAGACCGUUCAGCACAAGCGUACCAGGUCUCCAAUAUAUGAAAACCUCCCAUCACCUGGGAGCAAAGGACCAGAAUCCCCCAAGUCGAGCUCUGGUUGCUCUCCUCCAAUGCUCAGUGUCUCAGGGAAGAAGAAAUGUUCCCACUGUAGCAAAGAGCUGGGUCGAGGGGCAGCGAUGAUCAUCGAGAGCCUGCGUCUGUUCUACCAUCUGCAAUGUUUCCGUUGUUGCGUCUGCGAGACUCCCCUCGGGAACGGGACCACGGGGGCGGACGUACGGGUGCGGCACAACCGACUCCAUUGCCAUAACUGCUACUCCAACGACCAGGGAGUGAAAUUCAGCAAAGUCUGACGGUGAUCUCGGCCACACGUUGCCAAAAACAAGAAACCCGGUUGUCGACUCGGAGACGAAACUAAGGACUGCAUUUCCUCCUCCCACAUUCACCUUCAUGGGGGCCAGUCAUGUGUUUUUUUUUGCCUUGUCUGUAUAUACUGGAUACAUACAUACUCACUCUCUCUCUCUCGAGAGAGAGAGAGAGAGAAGAAAGCAGAGAGAAAAAAUGCUCAUCCUCCCUUUUGGGUGAAAUAGGAACUGCAGGGUGAAUUCUGCUUGACAGAAUCAGUGGUGCUGAUCAGUUUUUUCUUCUUUUUUUUUUCGAAGUCACAUUGAAAUGACAAUCUUUUCCGUUUCCUUCGGCUCUCAGAGCCACCAAGAUACCCAAGCACGGACAGAGCAAUAACCGACACGGCGUCGACACUUCGUAUUCCCAUUUAGUCAUGGCGUUCGACCCGUCGUCCCCCGUUUGUG